AAGAACACACGCGGGCUUCUUAUUGGCCUUUAGGAUAGGGUUUGGUGAGUUGGGAUACUCUUAUGAAGGAGAAUAAUUUUUCGUCUAUUUCACGUCUGCUUUUCUCCCCUGCUAGCGUGAUCGCCGGGUCUGGAACAGAUACAGCAUUCGAGCUUUUGCCUCUGGAGCUACGGCUUCCGCCCGUGUCCAAGAUGGCUUCCCGGCGUCCUUCUUCCACCUGCCUUGGUGGCGUCUGACGUCGGAGCUGGUAGUGGGUGGAGCGGUUAACAACCCGCAAAUGUAGGGUCCUCUGAGCGGGAGUCAGCCAUGGACUGGAAAGACGUGCUCCGCCGGCGCUUAGCGUCGCCCAACACGAAUUCAAAGCGGAAAAAAAGCGAACAAGAAUUAAAAGAUGAAGAAAUGGAUUUAUUUACCAAAUACUAUUCCGAAUGGAAAGGAGGUAGCAAAAACACAGACGCAUUCUAUAAGACCAUUCCCCGGUUUUAUUACAGGUUGCCAGCGGAAGACGAAGUCUUACUACAGAAAUUAAGAGAGGAAUCUAGAGCCGUAUUUCUACAGAGGAAAAGCAGAGAACUCCUAGAUAAUGAAGAAUUACAGAAUUUAUGGUUUUUGCUGGAUAAACACCAGAUACCACCUAUGAUUGGAGAGGAAGCAAUGAUCAAUUAUGAAAAUUUUUUGAAGGUUGGUGAAAAGGCUGGACCAAAGUGCAAGCAAUUUUUUACUGCAAAAGUCUUUGCCAAGCUGCUUCAUACAGACUCAUAUGGGAGAAUUUCCAUCAUGCAGUUCUUUAACUACGUCAUGCGAAAAGUUUGGCUGCAUCAGACAAGAAUAGGACUCAGUUUGUAUGAUGUUGCUGGGCAAGGAUACCUUCGGGAGUCAGACUUAGAAAACUACAUCCUGGAACUUAUUCCUACUUUGCCACAAUUAGAUGGGUUAGAAAAAUCCUUUUACUCCUUUUAUGUCUGUACAGCAGUUAGGAAGUUCUUCUUCUUUUUGGACCCUCUAAGAACAGGGAAGAUCAAAAUUCAAGAUAUUUUAGCAUGCAGCUUCCUAGAUGAUUUACUGGAGCUAAGGGAUGAGGAAUUGUCCAAAGAGUGUCAAGAAACAAAUUGGUUUUCUGCUCCUUCCGCCCUGAGGGUCUAUGGUCAAUAUUUGAAUCUUGAUAAAGAUCACAAUGGGAUGCUCAGUAAAGAAGAACUCUCCCGUUAUGGAACAGCAACCAUGACAAAUGUCUUCUUAGACCGUGUUUUCCAGGAGUGUCUCACCUACGAUGGAGAAAUGGACUACAAGACCUACCUGGACUUUGUUCUUGCCUUGGAAAACAGAAAGGAGCCUGCAGCUCUGCAGUACAUGUUCAAACUGCUGGACAUCGAGAACAAGGGCUAUCUGAACGUCUUUUCCCUGAAUUACUUCUUUAGGGCCAUACAAGAACUAAUGAAAAUCCAUGGACAGGAUCCUGUUUCAUUUCAAGAUGUCAAGGAUGAAAUCUUUGACAUGGUAAAACCAAAGGAUCCUUUGAAAAUCUCGCUUCAAGAUCUAAUUAACAGUAAUCAAGGAGACACAGUCACCACCAUCUUAAUCGAUCUGAAUGGCUUCUGGACUUAUGAGAACAGAGAAGCCCUUGUUGCUAAUGACAAUGAGAACUCUGCAGACCUCGAUGACACAUGACCUCUGAAAGACCACACUGCCUUCAUAAAGACACCUGAAGGCUGCAUGCAGACCUUCUGAGGCAGAAUCCUUAGAAACAUUCUAAAUAAAACUCAUCACAUGCCUGUAAACACAGCAAA